AGCACAACCCACAGACAGCAACUGUAGCUACUCUCUAGAACAAGACGACCUCUAAGCUUCAAUCUGUCACAGGAAUGAUGUGCUGAUACUGCAGCAGAGAUGACGGCAACAAUGGAAUACCAGAUAUUGAAAAGAUCUACCUGUCUACUGGUCCUUCUGGUUUUCAUACCCACUGUUUGGGGUAUCUGUCCUUCUAACUGUACAUGCUCAGGAAACGACAGGAAUGUGGACUGUUCGGGCAGGAACUUCACUGUACUGCCACAGGGACUUCAAGACAACAUUACGUAUUUAAAUCUGUCCUUUAACCAGUUUGUAGAUCUCGAUCAUCAGCUAACGAGAUUCACCAAUUUGAGGACCCUUGAUAUUUCAAAUAAUUGGCUCAAGAACGUUCCUGCCCAUCUGCCCAAAUCCUUAUGGGAAUUAUAUGCCAUAAACAACAACAUUAAAGUUCUUCAGAAACUCGACACAGCCUACCAGUGGAAUCUCAAAGUGCUCGAUGUUUCCAGGAAUAUGGUGGAAAGAGCUGUUCUGAUCAACAACACACUGAGCAGCCUCAAGUUCCUCAAUCUCAGUAGCAACAAACUUUGGACAGUUCCCACCAACAUGCCCUACAACAUAGAGACAGUGGAUCUAUCCAAUAACUUCUUGUCCCAGAUACUCCCAGGAACACUGGUGAGACUACAACACCUCACAAGCCUCUACCUGCACAACAACAAGUUCACACACAUUCCUGACAAAGCUUUUGACCAGCUCUUUCAGCUGCAGGUAGUAACACUGUACAACAACCCAUGGUCCUGCAGCGACAAACAAAACAUCCCCUAUUUGCUUAGAUGGGUGCAGGGAACGGCCGCCAACGUUCUGGGGGCUCCCUGUGCUAAUCAAUCCGUGCUUUGGAUGAGCACCACACCAACUUCAGCGCCUGCCCCAGCCACAGACUCCAGCCUCAUGAUUAAAGGAAUGAAGGCAGCAGACAGAGCUACUUCUCCAGGGGCCACUGAACCAACCAAAAUGGUAAAAAUGCAGAAACAAUUUAAAGCUAAGGACGUCCCGAGCUUGGCGACCGCGAGCCAAAGCGUAUUGUUCACGAGCACGGACCGGCCCCUGCUCCUCUAUCCAGCAGAUCUGACGACCAGGAAGGUUAGCUCUCAAGAAGCAGCAGCCACACACACAAUCUACAUCAAAGAUUCAGCCGAGGUGAACUCAAGCCUGACUCGUUCAACAGGACCAUCCACUACUCCUAUGACUUUAAGUAUCACCAGUGGAAUCCCAACAAACUACUCCAAAAUGCCUCAAAGCACAACUGCUACCUUAAGGAAAGAGGAAUCCACUACAAAUAUUCUGAAUACUCGUGUGCCCUCCAGAGCAAGUACCUGUGAGAUGUAUUUGUUGUCUGUUCUCAUGUUUCAUGCAGUGCCAAUGCUUAUUGGGUAA